ACAAAUUGGAUGAAGCCCAAAUCAUUUGACGCCAAAUUGCGAAGCUGCAGGCCUAAGGUGUUAGGCUUCAACAUUGCCACUAUCGCAUCAUUUUGGAUACUAUGGUAAGACACCAAAUCCAGGAGGUGAAAGCUGUCUACCCAUUGAUGCACCUCUGACAGGAUUGAAACCGAAGACUAAUCUGAAAGAGGAAAGAAGAGCCCAGGAGAAAUAUAUAUUGAAACUGUUGAUCAUGGAAGAGAAAGAGUACAUACCAGAUCGCUUGACAAUCGACGUUCAAUCAUUGACCAAUUCCAUAGAAAACUCGAUGCGCAUGCACCUUGCUUCUCCUUUAUCAGUCGAGCACUGCUCCAUCUUCAAAGUCCCCGACAUCCUCUCCCAACACAAUCCGAAGGCUUACGUUCCCGUUGCAUUUUCCAUCGGACCUCUACACCACGGCGAGGAAAGACUGAAAGCCGCAGAAAAAAUCAAACUGCAUUAUCUGCAUGGUCUCAUCUCUCGAGAAAAAAUCCCUUUAAACGACCUAGUCCAAGUCGUUCUAGGAUUGGAGGACGAAGCACGCCGUAGCUAUGCUAGCCCGAUCAACCUGAGCACAGAAAGAUUCACAGAAAUUUUGGUAGUCGACGGCAGCUUCAUCGUCGAGCUUCUCCGCAAGUCAGGAAAUCGGGUGCAGCCAGAAGCUGGCGAUCCGAUCUUCGGCAUGGCUUCUAUGAUGGAGCUCCUAUAUCACGACUUGAUAUUGCUAGAAAACCAAGUGCCGUGGCGGGUGCUGGAGCUGCUAUUCAGCCAGACCAGAACACUCUCUACGAACCCACCAGGUUCUUCAACCUUGUCGGGCCUUGCUCGGGAUUUCUUCGGAAAAAUUUUCUCGUGGGUAAGACAUUCUACGGUGGAUGAUCAGCACUCCUACAGUACUCAUAAGCAUGUACUAGAUUUUUUGAGAAACUCCUUGGUUUCGAACUCGGCGCACGAAUCGCAGCGGGCACUGAAAUCGGCGCGGCUGAUUCCUUCCGCCGCCAGACUGGUGGAGGCCGGAAUCAAAUUGAAGAAAGCUGAUGGUCCUAGUGGCACAUCGAAGAGCAUCUUGGACAUACAAUUCAAUAAGGGGGUCUUAGAGGUGCCGCAAUUGAUGGUCUCAGAGAUCACAGAGUCCCUGCUUCGCAACCUGAUAAGCUUCGAGCAGUGCUCCCAUGGCUGCACCACAAGGAUUACGUCCUACGCCAUACUCUUGGAUAGCCUUAUUAAUGACACCAAGGACAUGGAACUUUUGUGCGAGAGCAAGAUUAUUGAUAACUGGCUGAACCCGGAGGAGGCAGCAAAUCUCUUCAACAAGCUUUACCAUGACACUUUUGUACACACGUUCUUUUACGAGGAGCUGUGUGACCGGGUGAAUAAAUAUUGUGAUACCCAGUGGCAUAGGUGGCGAGCGACGUACGUCCGUAACCAUUUUAGCACUCCUUGGGGAAUUGCAUCGCAAAUUCUAGCUGCUUUUUUCCUAUUCAUCUCUAUCUUACAGGCCAUCAAGACCAUAAAAACAUUUUAAUUAGUUGAGGAGAUGCGUGGUCUGUGGGGAUGGAAGUUCAUUUUAAUUUUGAUGUUCGAUUCUCCGCGCGCGUGUGUGCGCGCGCGUGCGCGCGUUUUCUAUUUGUUUUUGGAUGUAAACCGUGUGGUUUAUAUAUUUGUAUGCUUGAGAAUAAAGAAAGGGAUUGUCGCCUAUUUUGUAUUAAAAUGGGAAUGCAAUGUUGUGUAAUGUAUUAUGUCGCGCCGUCUCGAGGAGCGCAAGCCCCGGGAGGCGAGGGAAUAAAAUAUAUGAAAUAUUGAAAAUUUUGAUUUG